AUGUCCCACAAGAUGGACAAGCUUCGCCGACAGGUCGACGGUGCUGUUCCUCGCCUCCAAGGCUCGGACGGCAACGUUUUCAAGGGGGUUGUGGCGCACUUUAACGGCCAUUUCCCGGUACCGGUGUCGACGCUGCGCGAGCUGCUGGUGUCUCGCGGCGGCAUCGUGGAGGCCUACAACACGUCUAGGUGCACGCACAUGAUCUGCGAGGUCCUACCGGCCGCCAAGAUCAGGGAGCUGCGGAAGCUGCGGCACCCCCCACCCGUAGUGCGCUCGGCGUGGGUACAGGACUCCGCCAAAGCACGGCGAAAGCUUCCCUUGGCAGACUACACGGUUGACGGAAUUUUCGCCCAGAAGGGCACCCUAGCGGCGUCGUUUGCCGCCGCCGCCACGCCGAAGAAGUCGCCGCCACCGCCGUCGCCGUCGCCGUCGCCGUCGCCGGGACCUGCUGGCGUAAGGAGGCGUUUCUCUGGCGGUAGUGCCGAUAGCGGUUACGGCAAGGCCUCGGCCGGAGGGGCGGGUCCCGCAGAAAGACGGACCGGAGACGUGGAUGUUCGAGGCGGGGCCGGUGGCAGCGGCGGCGACGGCGGUAGCGGUAGUGGCGGCGGCGGCGUUAGCGACGGUGACGUGAACAGCGGGAGUAGACACGGCGGACCUAGUGCAAGAGGGGCGGGUCCGUCUCCGAGGGGGUCGAGAAGCGGCCACCUUUCUGGCGGCCGAAACACGAAACACGGUUGUCAGGAUCAGGGGCAUGCGGCGAGGGUUUCCCCGCGGCACCUUUCCACCGACGCGGCCAGUACCGCACGUCACGGGGGCACUGGGCGCGGCCCUGGAACGGGCUGUUCGGCGGCAUCGCGUUCUGGCGGGCUGACUGGCAGCGGCGCGCACGAAAACGCUUCCCUCGGUGGGGAGAACCGGGAGAUGGGGGCUGCGGGGGAGGGGGGGCGGUCGACGAAGGAUGACCCGGCUUUCAUGAAGACGUUCUUCCGGAACUCGAGGCUGCACUUCAUCGGCGUGGGGCGCGCGCACGCAGUAAAGGUGGUGAACGCCGGUCUGGCGGCCCGAGCCUUGCCGGGGGCGACGCAGGCUGUAUUCGGGGGGAGGCUGGGUCGCGGGGAGACCCGAGUGAUCCUUCACGUGGACAUGGACUGCUUUUUCGUGAGCGUGUUGGUCAAGAACCGCCCGGAGCUGAAGGAUAAGCCGGUAGCCGUCGCUCACAACGCGAGCAACGCAAAGGGGGCCGGCAGCAGCGAGAUCUCGUCCUGCAACUACCCCGCCCGGGCGAAGGGGUUGAGGGCAGGCAUGUUCAUGAUGCAGGCCAAGAAGCUGUGCCCGGAGUUGAUCGUGCUCAGGUACGACUUCGAGGCCUACACGGGGGCAAGCGAGAGGAUGUACGGGGUGUUCCUGCGGUACGCGCCGGUGGUGAUGGCCGUCAGCUGCGACGAGGCGUUCUUGGAGCUCGGGGAGGGGACCGACCCCAUGGAGGCGGCGACGAGGAUCCGCCGGAGCAUUUUCGAAGAAACGGGCUGUUCGGCGAGCGCGGGAGCGUCCAAUAACAUGCUCCUGGCGAGGAUGGCAACGAAGGAGGCUAAGCCGGACGGACAGUUUUGGCUUCCGCCGGAGAUGGCCAUGCGCCACAUGGGUCCGCUGCUGGUGCAGCUGACGAUCUUCGCAUUGCGGAUCGGUUGGCAGGACUUACCCGGGGUUGGGUGGAAGCUGCGCAAACGUCUCAAUGAGCAGGGCCUUACGUCAUGCUCGGAUUUAUGGCCGCUGAGCCUCACGCACAUGCAGAAAGGGCUGGCCUUAGGCGAGAAGACCGGGCGGGCUUUGUGGGAGGCUUGCAGAGGCAUCGACAAGAGACCUGUACAGGCGCCACCGGACCGCAAGAGCAUUGGCGCGGAGGUUAACUACGGCGUUCGCUUCGAUACCCAGACACAAGCGGAUGGCUUUCUGUCCGAGCUAGCCGUGGAGCUAAGUCGGAGGAUGUUGACGGAGGGGGUGCUGGGGCGAGCUCUGACGCUCAAGGUCAUGAAGCAGCGAGACGGCGUCGGACUCCCUAGGAAGUACCUCGGACACGGCAUCUGCGACGCCCGCUCGAAGCUGCUAAACCUCGGACAUGCCACCGCCGACGCGGCCACCCUUAAGCCGCACGCCCUGCAGCUUCUCAGGGAGUGCAAGGUUCCCCCGGGCAAGAUCCGGGGCAUCGGGCUGCAGAUGACCCGCCUGGUCCCUGCCUCUGCCGGCGGUGGCGGCAGUGGAGCGGACGGCGGCCGAGCGGGGUCUCUGGGCGGGUGGCUGAUCAAGCCCAGCGCCGCGGGGGGGGGCUCGAUCGACCCCCCUACGUGUCGGCAGUCUGCAGGACCCCCCGAGGUCGUCGUUACUUCUGCCGCCGCCGAGGAGGGGGCGAGCUCUCGUUCGGUGCUGGGGGACGCUUCGAACCCCGCCUUCCGAGCCAGCGACGAGAAUCUCAAGCCUUGUGAACGAGCUGAGUGCCUGGGGGCGGUAGGGGAGGCGGCAGCCACGGUGGACACAAACUCAGGCGAGGAAGAAGAGGCUGGUGGUACGGCAGCUGUUCGGGGGCAGUGCUCUACGACGACAACGGCGGCGGUGGCACCCGCAGGCGGUGCAGCAGCCUCUCCCCCCAAGAAGCGUCGUCGGGAGGAGGAGGAGGAGAAGAAGCGUGACGAAGCGGGGCCGUGCAAGAACGGCCUCGAAUCUCCCGGUCAAGGCACUGGCACGCCUUCUUCGCUCCCAGACGUCUCGGACGCGGCAUCCGCACCCUCCAAGACCGCCGGAGGCCUUGCGGCAGAAGCCGAGGCGGGCGGAGCAGCAGGAGGUUCGAGCCCGUGCUUUGACAGUCCCGAGUCCGCCCGAAAGCGAAAGGCGGCCCAAGACUUGAGCACGCCCGCGGAUGGCACGGGGGCUCCGCGGAAUGCGUCGAUCGGUGACUGUGCCACCCCCCCAGCACGGCGCGGGGCCAGAGGGACGACGAGGGGCGAACAAGCCGAGCCCCCGCCGCUGCCCCCUACCGACAUCGCGUCUUCUCGGCAAGCGGGCGGCAACAGCGGAAGACUUUCACCGGGCGGACGCUUUUCCCCUCCCGCGAGACGGCGGGCGGAGCCGGCGAGCCCGGGGUUGCGGCUCUCGCCCCCGAUGACCCCGGUGGGCGCGACGCCGCCGCCGGCCGGGUCGGCGGGCAGCCCUUCCAUGUCACAGAUCACGUUUUCCCAGAUUGACAAGACCGUCCUCGGCGCUCUGCCGCCUGAGCUACGGCGAGAGGUCAUCUCCCAAGUGGAGGCACGCAAACGGCAGCGCCAUGACGGCAUCGUCACCUUGCCUCCGCCGUCUCCGCACUCAGGAGGGGGUCCAAGCGCUCCUCCCCAUGGCGAGGGGCGGGCGGGUGCUGGUACUGGUCCGCUUUCGAGGGAGGCACCGGGGCAGGGCGGGGCGGCGGCGGGGGGGGGCGAAACGAGGGAAGUGGUCCGCGAGGGGUUCGACACCGCCGACAGAAGCGGCCCGGGUAAAGUCCAGCAGGUCAGCAUCGACAGCUUGUGGGGCCUGCGAAAGCUUAGGGAGGAAGGCGGCGAGGGUGACGAGCCCGGCGCCGGACCGCCGUCGGUCUUCGACCGAGACUCGCUGCGCGCCCUGCCCCUGGGGCUCGGCCUCCAUUACGCCUCCCUCACCGAGAACCAGCGGGCACAGAUCGCCCGCCGCUACUCGCAGGCGGCGGGGGGGCACGGCCGCAGCAGUACCGCUGGAGAGGGUAGCCGUGGGAGAGGAUUAUCCCCGGCCCGGGGUGACCAUGACUUACCCUACGCGAAAGCCUCCGUUGCAGGCACAGCGGAUGACAUUAUUAACGACGGAAGCAGCCUCCCGCCUCCUCUAUCGAACCCGCCGCCGCCGGCUUCUUCGGUGUCUUCUCCCGGGAUGAUGGCCGUUUCCCCGGAGGCCGUCAGGCUGGCGUCGCCGCUACCGCGUGAGGAGCGGUCGGUGGCGGAGUCGCCGAGAUCGGCGGAGCUGUUUCGCCUUAGCCUCUCGCAGGUGGACCGCGACGUGUUGGACUGCCUUCCUUCGGACGUGAGGGACGAAGUGCUCCGGAGUAUUGCCGCGAAUCCCGGCGGGAGCGGAGCCGGCGGUGAAGGCGGCGGCGGCAGCGGCAACAUCGGCAGCGGAGGAAUAAACCAACACGAAGAUGACCAGGGGCCCGAGACCACCGUCACCGCUUACGACGCCCCGCAGGACGACCGAGACGGUAGAUUCGACAUGGAAGACGUCGUCGAUAUUUGCUCGCCUUCCCCUCAAGGGAAGCAUGCAGCGACCGGCGGGGUUGGACAUGGCGUUUUUGACGUGGAACCCGCGGGCACGCUGAGGGGAGUCUUGCGACGGUGGAUCGGCGGCGCGGUUCGGUCGCCCUCCCAAUGGCACUUGGAGCUGCUGUACAGGUACCUAGAGGAGCUGGUGGAGGGCGGCAGACUCGAUGAAACGGCCACGCUUCUCCGAUGCCUGGGACGCCUGUCCGCGAAAGCCAGCGAAACCGCCGGUCAGGGGAAGGACAGCGGGGGUUCCGCGGUUGGUACCGGCGGGGGUGGGUGGGUCGAGGGUUACCGGGCCGUGCUUGGAGCCGUUCAGGAUCUCGUUCGAAAGAGAACGGGAGGGGCAUCCCUUGCUUUGAUGUGCUGA